AUGCCUAACAAUCGGGAUUCAGAUAAUAGUGAUUAUGCUGAUUCAUCCCCUGGGUGUUCUGACCCUAAGAGGGCUAGAUCUGGAGAUAAAGGCAAAGGCCCUGCCACCAAAUCUAAGACUAAGCAGUCUAAAUCCUCUUCUGCUUCUGAUAAAGAUGCUGAGAGAAGGCAAAAGGCAUUGGAAAGGCAUUUUGCUAGAGCUCAAAAGAAGGCAGAAACUGCUAAUGCCCCAAGGAGUUCUGGUAGUGCUAACAUACCUAGCCUCACACUAGCUCCUUCUCUGCAAAUGCCAUGCCAAGGUCUGGCCCAGCUCUUCCCUUUAUCUACAACGUUUACACCCACUGCAGCUGGAAUCCGUCCUCAGGGCAGUUCUGAACAAAUUCUGUCUGCUGAAUUGUGCAGUGCCAUUGCACAAUCUAUUGCUCAAAGUACUGGUGAUGCACUCAACCAGAGGGGGUUGUUGGGGCCCUCACAGUCCAGGAGUGGUUGUUCUUCAUUUGGACUAUAUCUUCUCCAGAUCCGAGGUUCGUUGAAAAAAACUGAGGCUCGGCUGGAAGGAGGGGGCAUGGUUAAAGAUUUUGCAACUCAGUAUCAGGCCAAUCAGAUGGAGCAUCAGUAUGGAGUUGAACCCCAUACUUGGACUCACCUGCAGUGCGCCAAGAAGGAACAUUCAUUUGUCUCAAAUGACAGCAUUUGGCCUGGGAAGAGAUCUGCAGCCUUGGAAGAACAAAUUCAGCACCCAUCUCUCAAACUCAAUUUCGCAUUUUCCUGUCUUCAAUUCCUUCCGCCUCAUUGACUUCUCAGUGUGUGAAAUGUUACUAUUCUUAGUCCAAAUAAAAAGAACUUGUUACUGUCUUAUUUACUAUUCAUUUGCUGUAUACUUUUGUUGAUACCCACAUUUUUAUGAACAACUAUCCCCAACGUUGUCUUUGAUGUGAAAUUUGCUGUAAACUACAAAUGUGAAUGGAUCACUUUCUUUGAAAUAUAGAUUUUUGUAUUGCGAAAUCUAGAAAAAUGUAGCUAUCAAUGCACCAGUACACCAGUUGGCUACAAGUCUCCAAACAAAUCGUGAAAACUUACAUUUAAAAUA